UGUGUUUGAAAAUGUUUUCUAUACUGUGAUGAAUGUGAAAGGGAAGAGUAAAGAUAAUGCUAAGGCCAGGAAAGAUGUUGGAAUUCUUUGCGACCAUAAGGAGAUAGGAAUUCCUUCAAAUAGUACAAGUCAGACUAUUCCAAAAGCAUUAUACACCUUAACCAAAGAGCAGAGGAAGGUUAUUUGUGAAUGGCUUCAGAACUUGAGGUUUCUAGAUGGUUAUGCUUCUAGUCUUGGAAAAUGUGUUGAUAUGAAUGCAUUGAAGAUAACCUGCAUGAAGAGUCACGACUGCCACGUAUUUAUGCAAAGAAUUAUCCCGAUUGCUUUUAGAGAAAUGUUACCGUCGUUCAUAUGGAAUCCAUUAACAGAAUUGAGUAUAUUAUUUCAGACAAUAUGCUCUGCUAUGCUUGACAUUGAUAAACUGAUGGAGUUAGAGAAAAAGGUUGCGGUGAUUUUAUGCAACUUGGAGAAAAUAUUCCCUCCAUCUUUCUUUGAUUCUAUGGAGCAUCUCAUUGUCCAUUUGCCUUAUGAGGCUAGAAUUGGAGGUCCUGUUCAAUAUAGAUGGAUGUAUCCCUUUGAGAGGUUUCUUUAUGAUUUGAAAAAAACAUUGAAGAGUAAGGCACAUGUUGAGGGUUCAAUUUGUAAAGCUUAUAUUGCAUAAGAAAUCAACAUUUUUGUAGAACAUUAUUUUGAACCUCAUGUAUCAUGUAGAAGGAGGAGACCUCUACGAAAUGAUGAGGGGGUUAAUGAUGGUGCCAUUGAAUCUUUUUCUAUAUUCAAUUACAUAGGUCGAAGUCAAGGUCGUCCAAAGAUUAGAUGGCUUUCUGAAAAUGAGUUGCAUGUAGCACAUACUUAUAUAUUACGAAAUUGUCCAAAAGUGCAACCAUAUUACAAGUAAUAUUAUCAAUUAAUAGAACAAUCAAUUUUACAAUCUAUAUAAUAUCUAACUUCAAUAGUGUUUUAAAAUUUUCUUACUUAAAUGCG